AUGUCGGACCCCACGGGACGCAGCGCACCGGGUGAAAUCAACUCACUUCUCAUCUGGCAGCAGCCACACCCAAUGUAUUUCGCCGAGACGGAAUUUCGAGCUUUUCCUACAAGCGAGCAUGAUACAUUGAUCAAAUGGGACGAGAUAAUCACCGCAACUGCAGAUUUCAUGGCAUCAUAUGCGUGGUUUAAUAAGACGACAGGGGUCUACGAUCUUGGCCCCCCAAUGUAUACUGUUUCCGAAACGACCAACCCAAAUGCAACAAUAAAUCCCACUUUCGAAAUUGCUUAUUGGAGGUUUGGUCUUGAUGUCGCCAGUCGCUGGAAGCAGCGACAAGGGAAGCCCGUUCCAAGGGAAUGGCAAGUGGUGCUGGAUAAGCUUGCCCCAUUGGCGACGUAUAACGGGACUUUCUCGACGUACGAAGGAAUUUCAGAUAUGUGGAUUGAGAACAGCACAAUCCAGAGCCAUCCGGCUAUGGCAGGAAUAUACGGGUGGCUGCCACAACUAUCCAGUGGUCCGCCACUUGAUAUGAAUGUCGUCCGAAAAACGGCCGAGAUGAUGAAGGGCAAAUGGCAGUUCUCAAGCGCAUGGGGCUGGGAUUUUCCCAUGUUGGCUAUGAAUUCCUUGAGACUCGGUGAUACGGACCAAGCGAUCGCGUAUCUCAUGCACGAGAAUUUUCAAUUCGAUGAUGCAGGAUACCCGAUUGGGGGGUCAAAUGUCCCUACGCCUUAUUUUCCAAGCUCGGGUGGCUUGCUUCUUGCUGCUGCCAUGCUAGCAGGGGGAUGGGAUGGGUCUGAGGGCUCACACUUCCCAGGUAAAUGGGCAGCUGUUGUGGAGGGGUUCUUACCUGCUAUAUAG